AUAAGAAUUGCCAAUAUAAAAUUAAAUGUCAUCGACUGUCACUAAACCUAACCUAUCAUUUUAUCCGCACUGUUUUCAUAUUCAUCUGCGUUUUAGUUGUAUAAUUUAAAAAUGGUUGAAAAUAAACCUGCAGAAGGUGCUGAGAAGCAAGAUAGCAAAAAGGCAGCGAAAAAAGAGGCGAAAAAGGCUGAAAAAGCUGCCAAAAAGGCCGAACAUAAGGGAACAAACUUGCAAAGUCAAGCCAGUAAUGUUGAAGAAGCUGAUGUAUCUGUUGGAAAAUAUGGUCAACUCCCACUUAUCAGGUCCGAUACCAAAGCAAUUCAGAGAACAUUUACAUAUGUUAAGGAUUUGAAUAAAACCAUUGCUGGAAAUGUAGUUUGGGUUAGAGCAAGGCUUCAUGCAGUUAGAGCCAGGGGAAAGCAAUGCUUUAUUGUGUUAAGAGAGAAGGAAUUUACUGUGCAAGUUUUGACCAAUGUAUCAGAAACUAUUUCAAAACAGAUGGUUAAAUUUGCAAGCAAUAUUCCUAAGGAAAGUAUUGUGGAUAUUGAAGCCAAAGUUGCAACAGUUGGAUCUCCAAUUGCCUCAUGUACUCAACAAGACGUUGAAUUAAUUUCAACACAAAUUUGGAUUGUUUCUGCUUCUGCCAAUCAGCUGCCAUUGCAAAUUGAGGAUGCAUCAAGGCCAGAAAAAGCUGAUGACGAGGAUGGUCUUAACAUUAGAGUGAACCAAGAUACAAGGCUGGACAAUAGAGUUCUUGACCUCAGAACUCCAACUAAUCAAGCCAUAUUUAGACUGGAAGCUGGAGUAUGCCAUCUAUUUAGAGAAAUCCUAACUAAGAAAGGCUUUGUUGAGAUACAUACCCCCAAAAUUAUUCCUGCUGCUUCCGAAGGGGGUGCCAAUGUCUUUACUGUUAGUUACUUCAAGGGCUCUGCCUAUUUGGCUCAAAGUCCACAGUUGUACAAGCAGAUGGCCAUUGCUGCCGAUUUCGAAAAGGUGUUUACAGUGGGAGCAGUUUUUAGGGCUGAAGAUUCAAACACGCACAGACAUUUGACUGAGUUUGUUGGCUUGGAUUUGGAGAUGGCUUUCCGUUAUCACUACCACGAGGUUAUGAUGACCAUCGGCGAUUUGUUUACCGAGAUUUUCAAGGGACUUCGCGACCAGUAUAAGCGUGAAAUAGAAAUUGUAGGCCAACAAUUCUCCGUCGAACCUUUCUCAUUCUUGGAGCCCCCUCUAGUCCUCCAAUACCCUGAUGCAAGAAAAAUGCUUGCAGAAGCUGGUGUUGAGGUUGGAGAAGAAGAGGAUUUAAGUACACCUGCUGAGAAACUCCUUGGAAGAUUGGUGAAGGCGAAAUACGAUACCGAUUAUUACAUUUUGGAUAAAUAUCCGCUAGCCAUUAGGCCUUUUUACACAAUGCCUGACCCCAAUGACCCUAUUGCCUCCAACUCAUAUGAUAUGUUUAUGAGGGGAGAGGAGAUUCUAAGUGGUGCUCAGCGUAUUCAUGACGCUGAUUUGUUAACGGAAAGGGCUAAACAUCAUGGAAUAGAUAUUUCUAAAAUUGCCGCAUACAUUGACGCCUUUAAAUAUGGAUGCGCGCCUCAUGCAGGUGGAGGCAUUGGCAUGGAAAGAGUAGUUAUGUUGUACUUAGGCUUGGACAAUAUUAGAAAGACUUCAAUGUUUCCUCGCGACCCCAAAAGAGUCGCUCCUUAAAUAUACACACUACUUACUUAGCUUUGUUAUAUUUUAAAAGAAUAAAACAUAUUUAUACUCUACUAU